AUGAAAACAAUGGCUUCACCUUCUCUUCAAUUUCAUCUUAUUCCCCCUCUCUCCAAAUUCUGGUUUUCAAUAUCCCCUCUUUCCCAACAUCACACCCAUCCAUUCACUUCCACAACCUCUCUCAGAUUCACUUCUACCAAUUCCAGUACCACUUUUUCUCCCAAACCUCUCUCUCCGUGUUUCGCUCUCACAGAAUCCAACUCGCCUAAUUCCACACAACCUGACCCCAAUACUCUUCUCCAAGACAUUGCCGAAAGUUUUGAUCUUCCUUCUGAUUACUUUGCAAAGUUUCCCAACGAUCUUCGAUUAGAUCUAAAUGAUGCUGCGUUCGACCUUUCAAAUGGACCGGUCUUGGAUGAGUGUGGCAAAGAGUUAGGAGAGACACUGCUAAACCUCUCUCGAGCAUGGGAGCUUGCUGAUACAUCAUCCUCUCGCUCUUUAGUGGCAAAGCUUCCUUUGAUUGAGGCUAGUUUGACGGGCACUGCCAAAUCAGCACUUGGAAAGCGUUUGGUAGCCGCUGGAAGAAGGUUUCAGUCAAUGGGACAAUAUGGCCAAGGUGAGACACAAAAGAUUGCAAAAACAAUGAUUGCGGCUGGGAGAGCUCUAUCUGCUAGUUCAUCAUCUGCAGUUAUUGAUAAACAACCCAAAGAGGAAAGUAGGACGCUGAAGUUUGGAGCAUUGCAAGUUGAAAUUACUCCCACUAAAGCCAAUAUAGGGGCCGCAAUUGCAUUAGUUUUUGGGAUUCUUACCUGGGAGAUAGCUCAGGGAGUUCAAAGCACUCCAGAGAAUUCUUUGCAGUAUGCAAAUGACAAUGCGAUGAUGCUUGCUAAGUCUUUGAGGGGAACAUUGCUUGCUCUUUUUUACGCCUCCACAUUCUUGUCUGCACUUACUUCGGCAGGGCUUGUUUUACUUGGUAUUCAACUUAAAUCAGAGAAAAAUUGA